AUGUCAACUCGUGCAGUGAUCCCUCCACAAGUGAUAAUUUUCCCGAAAAACGAGCCCGACCUCCGCACGCUCAUCAUUCGCAAUGCCACCGAGAAAGACUACGUGAUCAAAUUGGUGCCAUCAUGUGUUCGUGCUUUCACUCUUGAGGGAAAAGCCCUUCUCGUGCAGAAGAGACGAUAUGCGGAAGUGUUUGUUGGAUUCGAUCCCGCUCUCUCACUCAAGGAUAAGUCAUACUCCCAUUUCCUCUCUGUUUACGCCCGUCCGAUCGAGAGCUACAAUCAUCCGUCACUUCGUUUUUGGCUAAAGGGCUCAACCACCACUCCCAAUCAAUUGGUGACAAAGAUGGUGGCUCGUGUCGAAGCGGGAUACUCGGCUUUACAGGUUGUUGUGGAUCUUCCUGGAGGAGCGAUGUCGUGCGAGCCGCUCACCACAGCGGCGAAGGGAGUCGACGAAUCGGAUGCACGUACUUGUUUGCCCAUUGAUGGAGACACAGCUACUGGUGUUACCCCACUCGAGAAGGAGCUUGCAGCGCUGAAAAAACAGAUGAAACAAGAAAAGUGUUGGCUGCUCGAGAUGUUGUUCCCAUCGGCUGACGUGACGAAUACCACUGAUCAGGGUAUUAAUCAGGAGCAAAACUUCACUCCAUGUGGUGGAUGC